GACUUUGUGCAAGUAAGCCCUGAAUCAAGGAACUACAAAGGAAUAGCCAUCUCCCUGCUGGUCAUAGUGGCGGUUUGCUCCCUCAUCACCAUGUCUGUCUUUGUGCUCACACCAGGUACUGUACUCACCAGGGGACCAGGAGACCUCAUGGAGUUUCUUUCUAGGGUCAUAGUUAAUGUAGGCCUGUAUUCUAACUAACAAAAUAUAAGAACCAGAAUUUGUCCUGGUCAGGUUAUGUAGUCAGAGCCCUGAGUUUUUCGAAUCAGUUUUAUGAUCAGUGUAAUAUUGACUGUUGUUAUGUGUGUGAACAUCAGUUAUUUUCCUGUGUGAUUUUAUCCUCAUCAAGCUCUAAUCCAUAUUUUGAUAACUAGCCUAACACUAAUAUCUUAUUUGCAGUGGAACUCCCUGGUGCCGCUAACUCCAGACUUACUGUCCUGGACCUGUUUAAACCAGAGUUCUCCGUGCACGAUCCUGAGGCCAGGUGGAUAAGUGGUAAGUACUUUCAGGAUAACCAUCUAACACUCCUGUUCUAAUGAAGCCUUUAGGCUGAUCUCUAUCCUCUCAAUCUGAUUGAAAAGUUUGGAUUUCUUUAAAAAAAGCACCCCCAAAAGCGACAGUUUAUAAGCCCUCAGCAGUCACACAAAGGGUCUGCCAAGGAGGCUACCAUUAUAAGAGAAAGGGUGUGACCAGGUUGGCUAGUUUUUGGAAGCUAUUAGGCUACAUUCUGUCUGAUAGUUGGAUGAGGGUGACAGAGAUUCUAUUCUCUUGACAUGAUCCUAGAAUCCAAACUACUUCUCAUAUAGAAACUAUUCAAUCCUAGAUUUUCGCUUGUUGUUGGUAUACAUUUAAAACUUUGUUUCACUCACAAGCAGAGCAUUCUGAACCUCUCAACUCAAGCAUGGGAGUAUUCCUGCAAGCUUUCAUCUCAUCUUGAGCUAUAAUGACGGCUGAGAGUUUAGCAUGGCAUGGGAGCAACACCUACUGACCCGUCUCAGUAAAACAGAUGGCCUCCCAGUCAAGCCCCUAUUCUGUCUGGUUUGCCAAAACACAGGAUUGACUCUAUCUUAAGCUAUCACUGGGAGCUCAUCUGGGAUAUACUCUCAGGUCAAAUCUCCCAGCCCCAUAUCCAGAACAAUACCCCUUUCUCUAAAACCUAGCAGGUUUCUUAAUAGUGUGAGAGAAUCGUUUGGGGUGUCAGCACUGGUGUCUGUUCUGUUGUCUGAGCUAGUGUGGUUCUUCUUCACUCUUCUUGGACACAGCAAACGGGCUCUCUUCCAGCCUGCAUAUGAAAUGGAGGCCUGGAAGCCUGCGGAGAGCUUUCCAUCGAAGGGUAGCAAAUACAAAUGACUUUUUCAGUCGCCUGUUGAUUCUCAUUAUGGGGAUUGGGGUGUGAUGCCUUCUCGCACACUGUGUUAACCUGAUGGACUGCAUUAACUCUCAUGGGCCUCCUGUCAUUUUUCACAACGCCUUCCGUGAUGGAUCAAGCCAUAUCGUCCGCCCCCUUGUCAGCUCAUGCUGACGUUUCUCCUUCUGUAGGACACAUCGAUAAAACUUUGCUACCCCCCCCCCCCCCUCAUAAAACACUAUGAGAAAUAUAAUGACUAGUGAUUUCAUCACCACCUCUCUCAUGUUAGCUGACAUUACGUUUUAGUGGUAAAUAUUGGUGAGAUUGAUGUGUAGGCUACUUAGCAUAGUGAUUAGAGCCAAGCUAUCAGGUGGUAUGAAGACAGACAGAAAGACAGAAAGACAGACAGACAGACAGUGAUGUAAUGGUGAAGGGCAGUGGUCUGCCAUGGCACAGCUGUAGAGACAGUUCCUGCUAGGACCUCAUUACAUUUGGGGCGAUUAUCUUGGUGAGUGCUCCCUGUCUGCCUGCGGCUAGCAUGCUAUGCUACAACACUAUCAGACUAGUUCUAAGUAGACAGAACACCUUAGGAAAGCUGCUCAGGUUUAGGCUAUUACAUUUAUAAAACUAGUGUUCACAAUCGCAUACAUGUUAACUGAAUUGUAUUUUUUUAACACGUGUUUGACAUGAUCAUCACUAACUGUGUAUCACAUGUUGUCAUUUCUAGUCCAUAACCUAAGUACCAAAAAGUAGAAAUUAGUGUUAAUUUCACAUGCUGUAAACAGUGCUGUAAAAGUAAAUUUACACUUGCUGAUCAUGAUAUUUAGUGGCCCUUGUUAUUUUCUAGUGCAUACAUUACAUGAAAUUCCAAACAGCCUGCAUCCCAACAAUUCAUUUAAAUCUCAUACAAUUAAUUUGUGUAACCAUGGAAACUAUAUGCCCUAUUUAUCGAUUUUCUGAAUAUAUUGUAUGGGUCGUAUAUAAUUGUUGACAAUCUGGGGAACGAUAAAUAACUGUUUGUUCUGGCCAGAGGCAUGUACUGUAUAUGUGACUUAUGUAAAUGUAAACUAACCCUACAUUUUCACACAACAUAUUAGUCAGAACAAGUCUUCAUGUGUUUUAAUCAGGGAAGAGGACACAAUUUUCAUACCAAAUAUAGCCUCGGAAAUGUGAACACCAUACACACUCUGUUUACCCCGUUAGUGGAAUACGAUGUGGUUGUCCAUACAUGUAGAAUAUGAAGUGGUUGGCCAUACAUAUAGAAUAUGAAGUGGUUGUCCAUACAUGUAGAAUAUGAAGUGGUUGUCCAUACAUAUAGAAUAUGAAGUGGUUGGCCAUACAUAUAGAAUAUGAAGUGGUUGGCCAUACAUAUAGAAUAUGAAGUGGUUGUCCAUACAUAUAGAAUAUGAAGUGGUUGUCCAUACAUGUAGAAUAUGAAGUGGUUGUCCAUACAUGUUGAAUAUGAAGUGGUUGUCCAUACAUGUAGAAUAUGAAGUGGUUGUCCAUACAUAUAGAAUAUGAAGUGGUUGUCCAUACAUAUAGAAAAUGAAGUGGAUGUCCAUACAUAUAGAAUAUGAAGUGGUUGUCCAUACAUGUAGAAUAUGAAGUGGUUGUCCAUACAUGUUGAAUAUGAAGUGGUUGUCCAUACAUGUAGAAUAUGAAGUGGUUGUCCAUACAUAUAGAAUAUGAAGUGGUUGUCCAUACAUAUAGAAAAUGAAGUGGAUGUCCAUACAUAUAGAAUAUGAAGUGGUUGUCCAUACAUAUAGAAUAUGAAGUGGUUGGCCAUACAUAUAGAAUAUGAAGUGGUUGUCCAUACAUAUAGAAUAUGAAGUGGUUGGCCAUACAUAUAGAAUAUGAAGUGGAUGUCCAUACAUAUAGAAUAUGAAGUGGUUGGCCAUACAUAUAGAAUAUGAAGUGGAUGUCCAUACAUAUAGAAUAUGAAGUGGUUGGCCAUAUAUAUAGAAUAUGAAGUGGUUGUCCAUACAUAUAGAAUAUGAAGUGGUUGGCCAUACAUAUAGAAUAUGAAGUGGUUGGCCAUACAUAUAGAAUUUGAAGUGGUUGGCCAUACAUAUAGAAUAUGAAGUGGUUGGCCAUACAUAUAGAAUAUGAAGUGGUUGGCCAUACAUUUAUUUAAAUGUUUUACCUUUAUUUAACUAGGCAAGUCAGUUAAGAACAAAUUCUUAUUUACAAUGACGGCCUACACCAGCCAAACCCGGACGACGCUGGGCCAAUUGUGCGCCGCCCUAUGGGACUCCCAAUCACGGUUGUGAUACAGCCUGGAAUCGAACCAGGGGGUCUGUAGUGACGCCUCAAGCAGUGCCUUAGACCGCUGCGCCACUCGGGAGCCCAAAUAGAAUAUGAAGUGGUUGUCCAUACAUUUAGAAUAUGAAGUGGUUGUCCAUACAUUUAUAUAGAAUAUGAAGUGUAUAUUAUACUAGAAUGAGAGACAUUAGAUUGGAAGCCAUGCUAGGUAUACCAUGGGGGAUAUGAUGAGUGAUUCAAUAUAGCAUCAACUUCAUCACCACAGUCAUACCCUAUUAACUUGUCCAUACAUGUGCCAAGCAUGAUCAUGACUACCAACAUAUGUGAUUCCAUAACCUCUGACAUGUCUCUGUAAUAAUUCAUUAUUCAUUUACUCCUCUGUAUUCAUAUAUAUUUUCAUGUCAAUGUUUUGGUGACUGAUACAUGUAUUUCUAUUCAUUAAUACCAUAGUAGUAUCUCAAAUUGGAAGACAUAUUUUUAGCAGAUGCUUUUAUCCAAAGUGCAUACAUUUUUGCAUGGGUGGCCCCAGUGGGAAUCUAACCCAUGAUUCUGAUGUUGCUAGUGCCAUACUCUAUGAACUAAGCCACACAGGACCACAACACUCAUUUUACCUGAUUAUGGUCUACAUAGAUAGUGGUUGGAUGUCAUGUGAGGAAGGCUAUUUAAAGAUUAUAAUUGCCUAGCCUUGUGGACAUAGGAGGAAUUUUAAUUAACUAAAUACAAAUAUAUUUCUAUAUGUCACCGAGGCAGAGACAGCAGUGGCUAAGCGAAAGGCCAUUUAAAGGUUAUAGUGUCACAUGAACUCCAGCUAGAUAAUAUGACUCACCACAUAGGCUACAGGCUUUAAACUGGGCUUGUUGGUUGUCCUAUUCCUAGUUCUCCUGAAAUGAAAGUAUUGCUAAAUGGUCUAUAGUAGGCCAGUGUUUCCCAAACUCGGUCCUGGGGUCCCCCCUGGGUGCACGUUUUGUUUUUUUGCCCUAGCACUACACAGCUGAUUCAAAUAGCCAACUCAUCAUCAAGCUUUGAUUAUUUGAAUCAUCUGUGUAGUGCUAGGGCAAAAACCAAAACGUUUGGGCAUUGCUAGGUGGCUUUGUAGAUUUCUAUUCAAUUUUCCAUUGUUAUUUUUUAUUUAUUUGAGGAAUUCAGUUCUAAUUUAUAAUAUAUAAUAUAAUAUAAUGCUGACCAACCAUUUUACACUUGUUCUGCAUGGUUUAGCAUACCAGUUACGUGGCUGCAUUUAAGAUCACAUUUUUACUCAGAGCAACUGCCCGAGCCAACAACUGUGAAUUGGGAGCCAUCUUCCUAAAGGUAGAUAGUGAGAUUUGUAAUGCAGAACACAAGGAAGCCAUUGCAAUAAUGUGGCUGUCUGGCUGGCUGACUGGCUGGCUGACUGCAGGUCUAAAAGGUUUUGCUCAGUAGAAAUGAGGAGAGGCACUCUUGAAAUGAACUGCUGGAAAAUGAAGUGCCAGUAAGUCUGGCGAUGUGGGACUAAGAUAACCCUCUCCCCCCUCUCUCCAUCUCCUUCUCCCUCUCUCUCUUUGGGGUCUGACAUGAAUAUUGAUAAGUGGAUAUACAGUGUCAGAAUGUGUAGGCCUAUUUAUUUCUUAUCUAAAAUAUGGUUAUCAUUUUACAAAAAUGUUCUUGUAUAAUUUUACAGAUUCAGAGGUUUUGUACAGGAACCGAGACGGCCACGUCAUCAAGUUCAACUUUGCUUUAAACGAAACAGAAAUUGUCCUGAGAAACAGCAUAUUUGUAAGUAGCUUGCCACCUAUGGGUCCCCCUCUCUAACCUCAACUGACCGAUCAGCAUUCAUAACACAGUACCAUAUAGAUCCAUUAGCAUUAAUAACACAGUACCAUAUUGAGCCAUCAGCAUUCAUGACACAGUACCACAUUGAUCCAUCAGCAUUCAUGACACAGUACCACAUUGAUCCAUCAGCAUUCAUGACACAGUACCACAUUGAUCCAUCAGCAUUCAUGACAUAGUACCACAUUGAUCCAUCAGCAUUCAUGACACAGUACCAUAUUGAUCCAUCAGCAUUCAUGACACAGUACCAUAUUGAUCCAUCAGCAUUCAUAACACAGUACCAUAUUGCAUACAAAUAUCAAAGAUGAGCACAUUGUCAUUAUUUGCCUUCGGUAGCAUUGUGAUAUAUCUGAAUUAUUAUUAUUAUUAUUUAAAUAUUGAAAAGGUGUGGGCUACGGAGAAAACAAUGGCAUAGAGUGCUGCAAGCACUGGAAAGUUCCAGGGGAUGAAGGAUGACGGGGUGUGUGGUUGUGAGACAUAUGUGAUGUGUAUGGUUGCGGUGGGAACAUGUGGGUCUGAGCAGGUGUGAUGUCAUUGAUGUUUGUUGAAAUGUGUGUCCGUCUGUUUAUUGUCUUUUGUUUAUGUAUGGUUGUUAUUGUUUGAGAAAAAAAAUAUAUAAAAAAAAAAUAUUAAGAAUACCCAUCUGACAGGUCAUGUUUUAUGUGUUGCAUAAGGCUCAUGGCCUAAGCAGCUUUGGACUGUCAUUAGCAGACUUGCUUUUUGCCAUUUAAUUAUCUAACUGGGGGGGAAAGGAGGACACCAUUCAUCCCUGUUUAAUGUUUAGCAAUACUAGCUACAAUUUUAGGUGGAUGGUCAUAUGCCUGGGAUUGUAAUUGUACGGUGGCCCUAACGGGCAAAGUAUACAAGCUGUGUAAUGGUUUACCAUCAUCUGAAUUACUUCCUAGAUCUAUGUACAAGAUACUUCCUAGAUCUAUGUACAAUAUGUAUUAACCUUUAUAUGUAUUAUUUGUGACUUCUAACUGUCUUUCCCUUGUCCUAGGUGUCUUUCAAAGUUGCCAAAUAUUCUCUUUCUCCAGACAUGAAAUAUGUGCUAUUUGCUUACGAAGUGAAACAGGUAGGAUAUGAAUACUCGUUAAAUGACUGUUGUUUAUUAAUUACCAUUAGGCUUUUCCAAUAACAGUUACAUAACACAUACAGUACAACGUCUCAGGGCAUCAUUAGUACACCAACAGUCAAAUGAAUACAAUUUUCUUCCACCAGAGCAGCAUGAGAUAUGGAUCACCUUUCUAACAGGCUAACAGAUAAUUAUAUAAGUCUUGAUCCCUAGCAAAUAACCAAACAUGAAUGCAGUGCAAAUGUUUGAGCCAACCAAAAGAAAAAUGGAGCUACAGAGUUAAUCAGUGUUUCCAAUUACCCUAAGCAUAGGCUGAGUCUCAAUUGUAAUUCCUUGAUUCCUUGAUUCCUCGCCUCCUUUCUCCUCGCCUCCUUCUCAGAAUGCAUAGGUGGAUAAGGUCUGAAGAAAAUCUCAGAUCUUCUGUUUCAAUGCGUUUGAAGAAGGUGAGGAGAGAGGAUGCGAGGAUUCAAGGAAAUUACAAUUGGGAUUCACCCAUAGUUUGACAGGAAGGAGAACAAACAGCAAAUAGGCUCUGAUCAGAAAUCUGAUUGCACCACCUGGGUUAAUGGCAGGUGUACUAACCUCAUUGAGUUGUAUCUUCUUUCUCUUUCUUUAUUCUUUAUUCAUUGUUUAUGCAGUUUUCCGUUUUAAUGUUAGACCCAAAUCAAGGAUCUCUCAUUGAUUUCCACUUUGUUUAAUGGCUGGAUCGCUGACAACCAAGGUUUGGAAACAUUGCACCAUCAUGGGAUUUCCUAGAGAAUGGACUUAGGCGCAAAUUUUGUUUAGUUGUGUUAUGCAUUAUUAUUAUGCAGUAUCAAAGGUGGUGUGCAACCAAGUUUGCGUGAUGAUUAACCUUGCCUGACAACUGAAGACUUGCAUUGGCUUCCUGAGCUGUGUGGGCUAACACAGUUUUGAAUUCCUUUUGGAAACAAUUACAUUGUGGAAUCCCGACAUGGUUUCUGACAUGAUUCAUUUGCAUCAUGUAUGCUUUAUUGUUUUUCAUUAUUUAUUAUCACAUUAAUGGUCAGUACUUUUAAUUUCAGGUGUAUAGACAUUCCUAUACUGCAUCGUACAUCGUUUACAACAUCCACACAAGGUAAGAGACAGAACGGACUGGUUGAUGCUUCAUGUCUUGUAUUGACAUGCAUACCCCCACACUCCUGUAACUGAAGAACAUACUGUAUUACGAAUGAUACACCCAAUCUUUGACAUCUCCAGUUCAACAACAGAUGGGGUUUGUUCAUGCCUGUCUGCCCGUCUUUGUGUCUGUGUGUGCUUUUGUGUGCGUGCUUGUGUUUCAGGGAGGUGUGGGAAUUGAAUCCUCCUGAGGUCCAGAAUGCAGUGCUUCAGCAUGCGGCGUGGGGUGUGAAGAGACAGCAGCUGGUGAGUCUCUCCCCUCCUCUCCUCUUCUAUGAUGCCAUACACUUCCUCUUUUCACUCUCUCUCUCUCUCGCCCAAUCUGAAAUCAACCUCUGGGCACAACUCCUAGACGGUCAUAGAUGCCUCAUCACACAUAUGAAAGAAAUUGAUAGGUGUGAGCAUUAUCGAUGGCUUUGGCACAGGGUGCCAUCAAGAUGUGUUGAAUGUGCAAUUCUGGCAUGCAGGAGACCCGGUUUCAAACCCAGUCGACACACUAGGGGUUUGUAUCAAAUUUGCCAUAUUUAUAUUUCUUGUGAUAGCCAGUUGUGGUACAGUUUCUCAUGUGAAGGAGUAAAAAGCACCAUUUGCUGUAUAUCAGGCAGCCAUUUUGACAGCAGGUGGUCCUGUUACAGAUGGGGAUGCAGACUACACUUAUCUGGACCAGACGUCUUUGAGCUUCUGUUACUCUGUUCAGAGUUUGUUUGGUCACAAACAAAACCCAGCAUGUGAUUUUUGUCUGGCUGAACAUCUGGCGGCCUAACGAAGCACACUUGAUUGUUAAAAGGGAACAAAAGUGAACGUGUGAAAGGAACUGACUGAAAAAGAGAAUACUGAAGUUUAGCAAUAUAGAAUAAUGAAUCAAUACUACCUAUUACAGUGCACUUUAAUUCCUGAUAUGGAUCAUAAAUGGAAAUAAGUCAUCAUGUAAAAUAAAAUCACUACCAUAUUUCCCUGGCAGUGAACUAGUGCUGUAUUGUAGCAGGAGAAUGAUGGGUAUCAGAGUCUGGCUUUUGCUGAGCUAUACUUUUAUAGCCACCGUUCAAAGCACAAUUGCAAUUCUCUUUGCUCCUUCUCAUUUCAGAUCUACAUCUUUGAAAACAACAUCUAUUACCAAUCAGAUGUGCAGAGCAAUUCUCUUAGGAUUACGUCGUCGGGAGAGGAAGGAGUCAUAUUUAAUGGAAUCGCUGACUGGUUGUAUGAAGGUUUGUCUGAAUGCCAAUUGACAGGUUCACGGCAUACCCAAGGACACAAUGUCAGGAAAGGUAUGCCAGGUACUGGAAAUAAAUCAUGUUCAGCCACAAAGGAAUUCAUCACUUUCACAGUUGAACGGCUCUCGGUCGCAUUCAGGGACGGAUGGAAUAAGAAUUCAAAAUUAACACUACUAACCAUAUUAGUCCCAUUUCCGAAGAAUAAUUGAAUAAAUGAGAACUAACUCAGAAUUUUGAUUAAAGUUAAUUAAAUAUAGAUGAAGGAAAGUCAUUAUUUCACUACAGCAGUGUUAAGUCUUCUCAUGAAUGGGCCAUAAUCCACGCAUUGUUCCAUGCUCUUGGAUAGCAGGGACAAUUUUAUUCAUAAUUUGCACUUAUUAAUUACACCUUAAUGAUGGAUUUUAGCUCUGACUUAAUUAAGACUCAUUUUAUUUUAUCUACAUCAGCCCAAAACAAGUUCCAUAAAAAUAAAAAAAAUCAUCCUUUUGACAUAUUUUCAACAAGGUUGUGUAAAACACAGAUUUACAAUUGAUGCAGAUACACAUUCAAACUUUCUCUUGACUUCAUUUACAAUAACAUAUUGAUCUUAUAUAUAUAUAUAGCAACGUCAAGGACUGGUGUACAGAAGAAGCAUAUAUUCAUGUGGAUAGGACUAGAUUGGAAAAAAAACUAUAGUAUAGUUCAGUGUGUGAUUGAUGGUAGUUUGGUCCUUGUGUUUUUAGAGGAGAUUCUGCAGUCACACAUAGCCCACUGGUGGUCACCUGAUGGAGAGAGACUGGCCUUCCUCAUGAUCAACGAUACCCUAGUACCCAACAUGUUCCUGCCCCGGUUCACUGGCAGCCCCUACCCCAAAUCACAGGAGUACCCGUACCCCAAGGUAAUGGAAUGACACAAUAUAAUGGGAUAGGAUAGCAUGCUGCUGAAGAAAGUGCAUGUAUCUGUCUGUGUCACUAUGUUGCCCACAUUGGUGAAAUUGUGCUUGUUUGUUGGAAAAAAAACACUAUUGGUCUUAGCAACAACAACAAAAACUGCUGGCUCAAGAAACAGUUCUUUCAGUUCUGAUUAUAUAACUAUUGUAUGUCUUUGUUGAUUCACACAGUAUACUAGAUUUGAGCUUUGGAAGUCAUGUUCCUGUGCUAUCGAUUGAUGUACUGUAUUACAUGUACUGCAUGUCGAUACAACAACUAUAGCUAUCCAGGUAUCUCGAUUACCCUGUGCAUAGUGUUGGUUAGAAAUACUGCACACAUAAAGGUCUUAUAUUCUGAUAGAUCAAGUAUUUAUGGAGUCGCAACAAAAGGGAAAUUGGAAACUGAAUAAAUGAUUAGACAAAAUGAUCAGAACCCUGCUUAGAUUUUAUAGGAGGAGGUAAUAGCGCUUCUGGCAAAGGCUGUGACGGUUAUGGAAUUUUGGAUUACGGUUCUUUGUCAGCCAAAUGAUCCCAGUUAUAGUUACAAGUAUAACCUUUCGAAUAGCAAAAAAAAUAAGCACAUCUUCUCCUCUCGCUCCUGACUGCACAUCUCGUCUUUUUGAAUGCCCGGCUGUCUACAGUCAGCUGUUCGUUCCAGAACACAAAAUUCCAAGAUGGGCUAGUUUUCGCUCCUCUCAUCUCUCCUUACAUUAACAUUUACAUUAACGUCAUUUAGCAGACGCUCUUAUCCAGAGCGACUUACAGUUAGUGAAUACAUAUUUUUAUUAUACUGGCCCCCCGUGGGAAUCGAACCCACAACCCUGGCGUUGCAAACGCCAUGCUCUAUCAACUGAGCUACAUCCCUGCCGGCCAUUCCCUCCCCUACCCUGGACCAAUUGUGCGCCGCCCAUGAGUCUCCCGGUCGCGGCCGGCGGCGACAGAGCCUUGAUUCGAACCAGGAUCUCUAGUGGCACAGUUAGCACUGCGAUGCAGUGCCUUAGACCACUGCGCCACUCAGGAGUACAAUCGGCUGUUCGAUGUGAACCAGACUUACUUUUACUUGACUGCUUUUAGGUAAAGUUUGUCGACUUGAAAAUGACGGUCUUCAUCCAUAAUCGUUGUUUACACGAUUAUAGAAUAACCGUGCCAGCCCUACUUCUAACAUAUCUAAAUCUGCCGGAACGAAGCAGCCUGCUUGUAUGAAGUAUUCACAAUGAUAUUCUGCCAGUUCAGUCCUUAACUCCAAGGAUUUAAAAAAUAGAUGAUUUGCUCUGAGAUAAUCUCUUGUUGGAUGUUAAGCUAGGACAGACAUCCAAAUGGUCCAGGCAAAACAAUGAUAAGAAGAUAAUAACCUGUGAGGUCAUUUGAAGCAUUGAUUGUUAGCAUAAUUUAUUAUGAGUUGCUGAAUAUCUUACAGCUUCAAUUUACUCCACUGUUAAUGCACCUUGAUUUGAACGCGGUGUAGCAACAGAAUUUGUUUUUCUCAGCAUGCUUAAUAAUUGACAUUAUGAGGAUCUGUUUGCUGACAGGCUGGCCAGCCCAACCCUACAGUCAGGCUGUUGGUGGUGAACCUGUACGGCCCCACACACACUCAGGAGUUGGUACCACCCGAUGGCCUGAGAGGAAGGUGAGGAAGCCUCAACAUUCUGGCAGCCCCUUAGUUCUUUUACUCUGCAUUUGUAAUUGUUGUGCUGCUAACAGGCAUGUCAGGUUAUUCUUUGCAGGUUAUUUCUUUACUAACCAUUAUAACCAGUAUAGGACAUUUGAAUCUGCAUGUAUGCAUGUUUCAUUGUUUCCAGGAGCAUACUGGGACCAGAAAUCAGUAUUGGCAUUUCUAACACACCGGACCAUUUUUUUCCUUGAGACCCCCAGACCGGCCCAUUAUAUUCCUCGAGGCCCCUACACUGGCCCAUUUUUUUCAUUGAGGCCCCCAUUAUUAGCCAGAAAGUAAUAAUUUUGCGUGAAAAAUCCAAGUUAGAGAGGCCCAUUUGCUAAAAAUGGACCAGCCCAUCUGGCAUCUACCCGAAAUGCCAGAAGGCCAGUCUUCCCCUGAUUGUGCAUGUUUGAUCAAGUACACAACUAUCAUUCAGAAAUAUGAAAUAGCCCGGAGAAGUAGUUGCUAUACGUCUGAAUGUUUGUCUCACAUUGACCCAGAGAACACUAUGUAGGGAUGGUGAAAUGGAUCAGCAACACCCAUGCAGCAGUUCGAUGGCUCAACCGGCCCCAAAACAUGUCCUUCCUUACUGUGUGUGACGCCACCAUCGGGUCCUGUGUACAGGUGGGUUUUUUUCCUUCACCUACGCUAAGAUGGUCCUCACUAGAAACAGGUUUUAUUGGUAUCAUCUGUGUCGUACUCCAUGUUGGAUCUAAGACGUGUUCCUCCACUUGAAUUUCAGAAACAUGAGGAAGCUUCAGAUCUCUGGCUCACCAGACAGGUAAACUGAAAUGUAAAUGUUCUAUAAUAUUAGCAAUUCAUAUUUCCAUCUAGUAACAUUUUAUUUGAAUGCUACAAUGGGCCUGAUGUGUUCCAAAUUGUGCUGCAAUUUCAAAACAGUGAGUAUUGUAUCUAUAUGCUAAUAGUAAAGAGGAUAUCGAUGCACUUUGACUGUCCCUUAAAUCCAAUAUCUUCAGAACCAGGAGCCAGUGUUUUCAAAGGACGGGAGCAGGUUUUUCCUGACCAUACCAGUGAAGCAGGGGGGACAAGGAGACUUCCAUCAUAUUGCCAUGUUCACCAAAUCGGUGGGUGCUGUCAUACUCCAAUUCCGAAAUACACAUUGGUCAUCUUGUCAUUCUCCUGCUUUGUCAGCGCUCACUUUGUUUCUUUUUUUUGUACAUGUUUUUAUCAAAAAAAUAAUAAUUUGUCUUUUCUCAGUUCAGAAGUGAUCAAAGUGAUGUCCGUCACUUGACGUCAGGCAACUGGGAGGUGACCAAGAUAUUAGCCUAUGAUGAGGAAGAGCAAACCAUGUAAGUCUGUCAGAUUAUUUCAGAUCAGUUAUGAGAGUCAUUUAAUAUCAUAUUUUGUGUUAUAGAUAUGAGCUUCAACAGGUGUUUACCUUUUUUCUCUUUUCAAACAUCUCUUCUGGUCAAACUAUUCUAUUUGUAACUAUAGUUUCUUGUACUUGCCCUAGUUAAAGUUGUUCUGCUUUCACCCAUAUAGAUAUUUUAUCAGUACUCAAGACUCCCCACAAAAGAGACACGUGUACAGGUGAGAAAUGAUUCUAAAACAUUUUCCCCAUGAAGAAAUGCACAUUCUGUAUGUCAAAAUAUUCAACUCAAUAACACCAAACAUUUCAGCUGCAUUCUAGUAACUGUUAGCCCUAUUCAGCUCCAGUGUAUCUUACCCAUCCGUAUUGAAUAGAUGUAAUACAUCAUUGAAAUGAAAUCAUCUAAAAAUGUUUUCCCUCUUUCAGUGCAUCUACUAUUGGUCUGUUCUCUCAACGAUGUUUGACCUGUGAGAUGAACCAGGAAGCAUGCACGUUCUUUGAUGCAGACAUCAGCCCGAACAAACAGCAUGUUAUUCUACAGUGUAAAGGUAAGAGUCUGGUCUGUGUUUUUCCUUCUGGAAAUCAUUCAGCCAAAUACAGCUUUAUGUGGAUAUGAUAUAGCCACUGUAGUAAAACACAACUGAUUCUGGGUAAUGUAUGAGGUAUGCUUAGGGAGUCAUUAUGUCAAUUAUGCCAUGAUGUAACCACUGCUGCAAUAAGUAUAUCCCACCGGUGACGUCGUUGGGCUUACAUAGGCUAGGGUACUACAAUACUGCUAGAAGCCCACGUUAGAAUAUCAUACUGAACGUUUGUUCAGUCUCAAAACGAUGCUAUGCAUUAUUGCUAGAGUAUCUUCUGUUCCACAGGUCCCGGUGCUCCAUCUGUGAUGCUGCAGAGUUUUAAUGAUGUAAACAGUGAGUAAUACUAAGUAUUGAUAUGAACUCUCCUCUCCUGUACUGUCCUGUACUAUUUCCAGUCUGUUUCAAUGGUUCGUAUUUCAUAUUUGGCCAAGAGGUUGUUGGCUGUGUUUCACGUCAUGUGAAAUACAUUUUUAACAGCUAUCCAAAUGGAAUGUUCUGCCAAGGUUUAAAUGAGCAUCUGGGAAGUGUUUUUAAUGCAAAUUGUAUUGAUUUGUGUUUUUUAUGCCUGGAUGCUUUUCAAUGAGACUGAAAAUGAGGCAUAAUUGUACUGAAAUGAUGUGAUAGGUGACAGUCUAAAACAAAGAAUCACAGGACGUGAUUUAGAUGCAGUGGCCUAUGUGAAGUCAAUCAACUGUAUUAGAAAAAUGUAAAACUGAAAUGAAUGUGUUUCUUGAAACAAUCUGUUGAUUGCUUUUCCCAUCACAGUUUAAUACGCCAUAUAAUCAGUAUCCUUGUGUCUCUUAACACACAGUAUGUGAAUGAUUACUUUCACACUUUCUUCCCACAGCUUACUUUAUCUUGGACAACAACAUGCCUCUGAGAGCUGCCUUGGAAAAUAAAAAGAUCUCUAAAUCAGAUGUCAGGGUUAUUCUAAGUGAAGACUUUGGUAACUAACCAUUUCUCUCUGUGUAUAUUUCUUUAUUUUUCUCACUCUCCCCCUCUCUCUCUCUCGCUCUCUCUCUCUCUCUCUCUCUCUCUCUCUCUCUCUCUCUCUCUCUCUCUCUCUCUCUCUCUCUCUCUCUCUCUCUACGGUAUAUAGUUUAUUUUAAUAACUGUACUUAAAUAAUUUAUUCCCACAGAGCUGCCUUUGAAGCUCACCUAUCCGCUUGACUUUUCUGAAUCUCUUCUCUAUGGCCUUCUUUUGAUUGUGUAAGCAUCGCUCCUCUUUCCUGGCAUUCUAACAUAGUUACAGUACAUUUUCAUUUAAAAAUACAUUUAGAACUGAAUACUUUACCUUGAGAACUAACACAAUUAUUUUUUUUACCUCUCUCUCUCUCUCUCUCUCUCUCUCUCUCCCUCUCUCUCUCUCUCCCUCUCUCUCUCUCCCUCCCUCCCCACUUCCCCCCCUCUCUUAGUGAUGGUGGGCCUGGCAGUCAGUCGGUGAGUGAUGAGUAUGAGCUGGGUUGGGACUCGGUGCUGGUCAGUUGUGAUGAGGUGAUCGUGGCCAGGCUGGAUGGCAGGGGGACAGGCUUCCAGGGCCUGAGAGUCCUGCAGCAGGUCCACCAGCGCCUGGGUACUGUGGAGGUUCAGGACCAGAUAGCUGCACUGGAGUAUGUAGCCUCCGACCAGCAUGUGAUGUGAUGAGAUGUGAUAUAAUAUUAUCAAAUGUUAUUGGUUGCAUACACAUAUUUAGCAGAUGUUAUUGCGGGUGUUGCGAAAUGCUUGUGUUCCUAGCUCCAACAGUGCAAUAAUAUCUAAUAAUACACAACAAUACACACACAUCUAUAAGUAAAAGAGUGGAAUUAAAAAAUAUAGAAAUAUUAGGAUGAGCAAUGUCGGAGUCCAGGGUACGUGCACAGGUGAGAAAUUAUUCUAAAACAUUUUCCCCAUGAAGAAAUGCACAUUCUGUAUGUCAAAAUAUUCUACUCAAUAACACCAGACAUUUCAGCUGCAUUCUAGUAACUGUUAGCCCUAUUCAGCUCCAGUGUAUCUUACCCAUCCGUAUUGAAUAGAUGUAAUACAUCAUUGAAAUGAAAUCAUCUCAAGAAUGAGAAGAUGUGCUAAAAAAAAUGUACCCUCUUUCAGUGCAUUUACUAUUGGUCUGUUUGGACACACCUACUCAUUCAAGGGUUUUUCUUUAUUUUUACUAUUUUCUACAUUGUACAAUAAUAGUGAAGACAUCAAAACUAUGAAAUAACACAUAUGGAAUCAUGUAGUAACCAAACAAGUCUUAAACAAUCAAAAUAUAUUUUAUUGUUGAGAUUCUUCAAAGUAUCUACCCUUUGCCUUGAUGACAGCUUUGCACACUCUUGGCAUUCUCUCAACCAGCUUCACCUGGAAUGUUUUCCAACAGUCUUGAAGGAGUUCCCACAUAUGCUGAGCACUUGUUGGCUGCUUUUCCUUCACUCUGUGGUCCGACUCAUCCCAAACCAUCUCAAUUGGGUUGAGGUUGGGUGAUUGUGGAGGCCAGGUCAUUUGAUGCAGCACUCCAUCACUCUCCUUCUUGGUAAAAUAGCCCUUACACAGCCUGGAGGUGUGUUUUAGGUCAUUGUCCUGUUGAAAAACAAAUGAUAGUCCCACUAAGUGCAAACCAGAUGGGAUGGCGUAUUGCUGCAGAAUGCUGUGGUAUCCAUGCUGGUUAAGUGUGCCUUGAAUUCUAAAUAAAUCACAGACAGUGUCACCAGUAAAGCACCGCCACACCAUCACACCUCCUUCUCCAUGCUUCACGUUGGGAACCAUUACAUGCGGAUAUCAUCCGUUCACCUACUCUGCUUCUCACAAAGACACGGCAGUUGGAACCAAAAAUCUCCGAUUUGGACUCCAGACCAAAGGACACAUUUCCACCGGUCUAAUGUCUAUUGCGCGUGUUUCUUGGCCCAAGCAAGUCUCUUAUUUUUAUUGAUGUCCUUUAGUAUUGGUUUCUUUGCAGCAAUUCGACCAUGAAGGCCUGAUUCACACAGUCUCCUCUGAACAGUUGAUGUUGAGAUGGGUCUGUUACUUGAACUUUGAGCUGCAAUUUCUGAGGCUGGUAACUCUAAUGAACUUAUCCUCUGCAGCAGAGGUAACUCUGGGUCUUCCAUUCCUAUGGCGGUCCUCAUGAGAGCCAGUUUCAUCAUAGCGCUUGAUGGUUUUCGCAACUGCACUUGAAGAAACUUUCAAAGUUCUUGACAUUUUCCGGAUUGACUGACCUUCAUGUCUUAAAGUAAUGAUGGACUGUUGUUUUUCUAUGCUUACUUGAGCUGUUCUUGCCAUAAUAUGGACUUGGUCUUUUACCAAAUAGGGCUAUCUUCUGUAUACCCCCCCUAACAUGUCACAACACAACUGAUUGGCUCAAACGCAUGAAGAAUGAAAGCAAUUCCACAAAUUAACUUUUAAGAAGGCACACCUGUUAAUUAAAAUGCAUUCCAGGUUACUACCUCAUGAAUCUGGUUGAGAGAAUACCAAGAGUGUGCAAAGCUGUCAUCAAGGCAAAGGGUGACUAUUUGAAGAAUCUCAAAUAUAAAAUAUAUUUUGAUUUGUUUAACACUUUUUUGGUUACUACAUGAUUCCGUGUGUUAUUUUAUGUCUUCACUAUUAUUAUACAAUGUGGAAACUGGUAAAAAAUAAAGACAAACCCUUGAAUGAGUAGGUGUUCUAAAACUUUUGACUGGUAGUAUAUAUAUAUAUACAAUACAAUAUGAUACACGAUGCGAUGGACAGUAUUAUAUGAUACGAUAUACAAUGCAAUAUAUAAGAUGUAAUGCGAUAUACAGUGCGAUGCUAUGCCAUUCAAUAUGAUAUAAUACAACACCAUAAGAUAAGACAGGAUGUGAUAUGGUACGAUAUGAUGUAAUACUGUAUGAUACAAUAUUUGCCCAUUUCCAUUGAAAUCCAUUGCAAAUGUAUGACAUGGUUGUACACUCUUUAACUUCCCUGUCAGUCAUCUGUGUUAAAGCCCUCAUGAGAUGUCUGUAAAAAUAAUGAGUAAUUAUGUUUUUUGGGGUUGUUUUUUUAAUUUACUUAUUACAGAUACUUGUUGACACUCCCAUACAUUGACCGCGCACGGAUCGGAAUCUACGGAAAGGCAAGUUUAACUGCUGUCUUUCAGUUGAUCGCCAUGCUUCACACUCACGGGUGUUUUUCAACAAGUGAAGGUGUUCUUUUCUUUCCAGGGAUAUGGUGCUUACCUCACUUUGAUGCUUCUGAGGUCCACUGCACUGAUUAAGUGUGCAGCUGCUAAUUCCCCAGUGAUUGACUGGAAACUCUAUGGUGAGUAAUGUCUCCAUGAUCCUACCCUUUAGGUCAGUUUCCUUGACAGAGAUUAAACCUACUCCUGGAUUGAAAAUUAAGCUCAAUUGACAAUCUCCAUUGAACUAGCUUUUUAAUCUAGGUUUAGGCUCAAUCUAGGAUUAUGAAACCGGUGCUAUGUGUUUUGUGUGAGUACAUUUUCCCACAACAAACGACAGUUAAUAUUGUAAAAAUUUGAUUAUCAAUGAAAUUGGAGAUGAAAGAACUGAAUAUAUUUUUGAAAUGUUGUCUACUUUCUCUAUAUGCAGCUUCAGCAUUUUCAGAGCGAUACUUUGGCCUGACGUCAAAGAAUGACAACAGAUAUCAAGUAAGUUGUUUAUCACAGUCCAUCUGUUGUUAUUAUUGAUGGUCUUCUAUUCUUUGUUCGACAGUAUGUCACAGCAGAUUGGAGAACAGCGGGAACUGUCGCACUGAAGCGUGUGUGCGUGCGUGUGUGUGGGGUGUUGUGUUCGUAUUUAUGUGUGUGGACGGGCACAAAUGUAUGUGUGCGCAUAUGUUCAUGGGCCAGGUAUUGUCCAUCAGUCAGAAUAAUAACCAGUGUUGUACAACUUCCUGUGUGAGAUUACAGUGUAAUCAGUGACAAUGUUCCCCUGAAAGUGGGUUGUGGACCACACAGUUUGAACCAUUUCCAGUAGCACCCAGAUGAGUGGUUUAAAAUGUAAUAUGAUGCUAGUCCAGAGAAGUAGGUCAAAUUGAUCAUAAACUAAUCAGCGGGGUAUCACUCAUACAGUCCUCAGAGGUAGAUGGAAAAAGACAUGGUCUUGUUCUGUUAAUGAAGCAACACACUGGAUCCCCUGGGGUGUUAGAAAGGUUUGAUCCAGUCUUGUAAUGUAGCCUGGCUCAACCAGACUGAACACUGUGCUCACCAUUGUUUGUGUAGUGAAGCAAUGGUGAGCAGUCCGAUUUAACAAGGCUAGUUGUAUAACGUGACCUUUUCACAAACUAUUGUACACUGCUGUGGUUGGUUUUCCCUCGAUAUGUUUCUGUCAACCUAAGUUGUUAGUUGGGGGGCCCCCCCCCCUAGGCCCCCGGAAGCCCCAGAAACCCCCAAACCGAGGAAAGGGGUUAUCCCCCAAAAAUCCCUUCCCCCCCCCUUUUUUGGGGGUUUUGGGGAAAAGGGGGCGGGGGCCGGGGGUCGGUUCAAUUUAGGGGGGGGUACUGACACCCUGGGCACCAUUAGUUACAUUGUGCGUCUAUAUUUAUGUCUAGGUUGGGUGUCUAGGUUGUGUUUUCUAGGUUUGAAUGAUCCCAAUGGAGAAACAGUGAUGGUCGUUAUCUCUGAAGGAGCCUAUUACUGAUGUUUUCCUGUGGGGUUUGUGUUUUGUUUCUGGUAAUGUUCCGUAUCAGUGAUUGUAACUGCGACUUCACGUAUCGUCUUGUUUUGUUUCGUGGGAACCAUUAAUGGAAAUUAUGUUCACUCGCAACGUGCGCUGUGGUCCGCUCCUCAUGGUAGACGAUCGUGACAAGACCAAAGGACAACAUUUCCACCGGUCAAUGUCUAUUGCGCGUGUUUCUUGGCCCAAGCAAGUCUCUUAUUUUUAUUGAUGUCCUUUAGUAUUGGUUUCUUUGCAGCAAUUCGACCAUGAAGGCCUGAUUCACACAGUCUCCUCUGAACAGUUGAUGUUGAGAUGGGUCUGUUACUUGAACUUUGAGCUGCAAUUUCUGAGGCUGGUAACUCUAAUGAACUUAUCCUCUGCAGCAGAGGUAACUCUGGGUCUUCCAUUCCUAUGGCGGUCCUCAUGAGAGCCAGUUUCAUCAUAGCGCUUGAUGGUUUUCGCAACUGCACUUGAAGAAAACUUUCAAAGUUCUUGACAUUUUCCGGAUUGACUGACCUUCAUGUCUUAAAGUAAUGAUGGACUGUUGUUUUUCUAUGCUUACUUGAGCUGUUCUUGCCAUAAUAUGGACUUGGUCUUUUACCAAAUAGGGCUAUCUUCUGUAUACCCCCCCUAACAUGUCACAACACAACUGAUUGGCUCAAACGCAUGAAGAAUGAAAGCAAUUCCACAAAUUAACUUUUAAGAAGGCACACCUGUUAAUUAAAAUGCAUUCCAGGUUACUACCUCAUGAAAUCUGGUUGAGAGAAUACCAAGAGUGUGCAAAGCUGUCAUCAAGGCAAAGGGUGACUAUUUGAAGAAUCUCAAAUAUAAAAUAUAUUUUGAUUUGUUUAACACUUUUUUGGUUACUACAUGAUUCCGUGUGUUAUUUUAUGUCUUCACUAUUAUUAUACAAUGUGGAAACUGGUAAAAAAUAAAGACAAACCCUUGAAUGAGUAGGUGUUCUAAAACUUUUGACUGGUAGUAUAUAUAUAUAUACAAUACAAUAUGAUACACGAUGCGAUGGACAGUAUUAUAUGAUACGAUAUACAAUGCAAUAUAUAAGAUGUAAUGCGAUAUACAGUGCGAUGCUAUGCCAUUCAAUAUGAUAUAAUACAACACCAUAAGAUAAGACAGGAUGUGAUAUGGUACGAUAUGAUGUAAUACUGUAUGAUACAAUAUUUGCCCAUUUCCAUUGAAAUCCAUUGCAAAUGUAUGACAUGGUUGUACACUCUUUAACUUCCCUGUCAGUCAUCUGUGUUAAAGCCCUCAUGAGAUGUCUGUAAAAAUAAUGAGUAAUUAUGUUUUUUGGGGUUGUUUUUUUAAUUUACUUAUUACAGAUACUUGUUGACACUCCCAUACAUUGACCGCGCACGGAUCGGAAUCUACGGAAAGGCAAGUUUAACUGCUGUCUUUCAGUUGAUCGCCAUGCUUCACACUCACGGGUGUUUUUCAACAAGUGAAGGUGUUCUUUUCUUUCCAGGGAUAUGGUGCUUACCUCACUUUGAUGCUUCUGAGGUCCACUGCACUGAUUAAGUGUGCAGCUGCUAAUUCCCCAGUGAUUGACUGGAAACUCUAUGGUGAGUAAUGUCUCCAUGAUCCUACCCUUUAGGUCAGUUUCCUUGACAGAGAUUAAACCUACUCCUGGAUUGAAAAUUAAGCUCAAUUGACAAUCUCCAUUGAACUAGCUUUUUAAUCUAGGUUUAGGCUCAAUCUAGGAUUAUGAAACCGGUGCUAUGUGUUUUGUGUGAGUACAUUUUCCCACAACAAACGACAGUUAAUAUUGUAAAAAUUUGAUUAUCAAUGAAAUUGGAGAUGAAAGAACUGAAUAUAUUUUUGAAAUGUUGUCUACUUUCUCUAUAUGCAGCUUCAGCAUUUUCAGAGCGAUACUUUGGCCUGACGUCAAAGAAUGACAACAGAUAUCAAGUAAGUUGUUUAUCACAGUCCAUCUGUUGUUAUUAUUGAUGGUCUUCUAUUCUUUGUUCGACAGUAUGUCACAGCAGAUUGGAGAACAGCGGGAACUGUCGCACUGAAGCGUGUGUGCGUGCGUGUGUGUGGGGUGUUGUGUUCGUAUUUAUGUGUGUGGACGGGCACAAAUGUAUGUGUGCGCAUAUGUUCAUGGGCCAGGUAUUGUCCAUCAGUCAGAAUAAUAACCAGUGUUGUACAACUUCCUGUGUGAGAUUACAGUGUAAUCAGUGACAAUGUUCCCCUGAAAGUGGGUUGUGGACCACACAGUUUGAACCAUUUCCAGUAGCACCCAGAUGAGUGGUUUAAAAUGUAAUAUGAUGCUAGUCCAGAGAAGUAGGUCAAAUUGAUCAUAAACUAAUCAGCGGGGUAUCACUCAUACAGUCCUCAGAGGUAGAUGGAAAAAGACAUGGUCUUGUUCUGUUAAUGAAGCAACACACUGGAUCCCCUGGGGUGUUAGAAAGGUUUGAUCCAGUCUUGUAAUGUAGCCUGGCUCAACCAGACUGAACACUGUGCUCACCAUUGUUUGUGUAGUGAAGCAAUGGUGAGCAGUCCGAUUUAACAAGGCUAGUUGUAUAACGUGACCUUUUCACAAACUAUUUGUACACUGCUGUGGUUGGUUUUCCCUCAGAUAUUGUUUUCUGUUCAAACCUGAAGUUUUGUUUAGCUUUUCGUGUAUUGAUGUGAAUAUUCAUGUGAAUAUUGAUGUGUAUAUUGAUGUGUACUGAUGUGUAUACAGGGCUCAUCGGUGAAAGAGACCUUGGUCUCAGCAUGACUCCCUGUUCAAAUAAAGGGGAAGAAAUAACAGAACACCUGAGGUUACAUUGUCUACCAUAUCUAUAAUCUUUUAGGUUUCUAGAGUGCUUCCAAAUAUGAAAGGACUGCAAGGAAACAUGAUGAAAGGACCGCAAGGACCGGAUUUUCUGUUGAUUCAUGGAACAGCUGAUGGUAAUGACCCUUUUGUCCAACUGAAAUGGAAAAUAGACCAUCCUAAAUCAGUCAUAAUCAUUGAUUGGCCUUGUGUUGUAUUCAAAGUCAGUUUGCUAAACCAAUUGGUGUUUUCUUGUUCCUUUCUCAGCAAAUGUUCAUUUCCAACAUUCAGCAGAGUUGAUUAAGCACUUGAUCAAAAUUGGAGCGAACUACACAAUGCAGGUAUGAGCCGUGAUCCACAAAUUUGAAUGAAAAUGUUGAAUGAGUGAUUACAUAAUGUGAUUAUUGAAGUGAUUUUGAUUGCUAGCCAAUAUAAAUGCACCUACCCACCACACUUGCACGCACGCAUGCACACACACACACACACACACACACACACACACACCAAACACACACACACACAGUCUUGUACAGCUAACCUUGUGGGGACACACAAUUCAGUCCCAUUCAAAAUCCUAUUUUCCCUAACACCUAAUCCUAAACCUAACCCGUACUCUUACCCUAACCCUAACCAAACCUUAACCCUAACCCUAACCCUAACCUUAACACAACAACCUAACCUUAACCCUAACCCUAAACCUAACCCUAGCUCCUAACCCUAAAACUAACCCUAGCUCCUAACCCUAACCCUUAACGUAAUUCUAACCAUAACACUAAUUCUAACCUUAACCCUAAACCCCCUAGAAAUAGCAUUUGUCCUCGUGGGGACUAACAAAAUGUCCCCUGUUGGUCAAAUGUUGUUUGUUUACUAUUCUUGUGGGGACUUAUGGUCCCCACAAGAAUAGUUAAACACGUCCACACACACACACACACACACACACACACACACACACACACACACACACACACACACACACACACACACACACCUCUCAGGAAAAACAUUGAGUUACUUUCUUGUUCCUUCUAACUGAUAGAAGAGUAACCACACUUCACUACAGGAAUGAUAGUCCCAAUGCUGGACAGCACUAUCCUGACCUUCUGUUUGACCUUUGACCUUUGUUUGAGACAGCUCUACCCAGACGAGGGCCACUUCCUGUCCCUGCAGAGCCAGCAGCACCUGUCUGAGUCCCUGGUUGGCUACUUCAGAACAUGUUUUCGGGACUUCAGCACACCGCUACCUGAGGAGAUAGGCAAAGAGGAUGAUGACUGACAGGGUUGGGGUUAGAUGGUGCCUGACAGGGUUGGGGUUAGAUGGUGACUGACAGGGUUGGGGUUAGAUGGUGACUGACAGGGUUGGGGUUAGUUGGUGACUGACAGGGUUGGGGUUAGAUGGUGACUGACAGGGUUAGGAUUAGAUGGUGACUGACAGGGUUGGGGUUAGAUGGUGACUGACAGUGUUGGGGUUAGAUGGCGAUUGACAGGGUUGGGGUUAGAUGGUGACUGACAAGGUUGGGGUUAGAUGGUGACUGACAGGGUUAGGGUUAGAUGGUGACUGACAGGGUUGGGGUUAGAUGGUGACUGACAGGGUUGGGGUUAGAUGUGACUGACAGGGUUAGGGUUAGAUGGUGACUGACAGGGUUAGGGUUAAAUGGUGACUGACAGGGUUGGGGUUAGAUGUGACUGACAGGGUUAGGGUUAGAUGGUGACUGACAGGGUUAGGGUUAAAUGGUGACUGACAGGAGGACGUGCAGACGGGCCGUGUGUGGAUCUGGGAUCGCUAUGUUGAAGCAGUGCAAUGACUGCUCUGCCCUCACGAGGGCUGUUUGGCUGUUGAUUAGGUGUCCAAUGUAGGCAAGACAUAGCUGAUGUGGGGUAAAGUGAUGUGUGUGUGUGUGUGUUUGGUGUGUGCGUGCUUGCAAAUGCAGGACUACAAAUCAUGGAGGCUUUCUAUUUGUAGAAUGGCACAAUGAUUGAUGGACAAAAUCUGAGGGUUAAACAUUAUUUUUUACAUAUCAAAAUUCCACUCAGUGAUACACUGGCUUCUCCCUUCACAGCUUCUUACCAUCAGCUGUAUCGUUAUACUGUGAAAGCAUGCUUUUGUUGAAGCCCACGUUCAUCCACAUGAUUCCAAUUGUACUAAGCAUCAUCAACACAACUCUACCGCUUUCUGUCUGUUGUAUCCCAUUCCUGUCUGUGCACUAAUAAUGCUUCAAUUUCACUUCCAGUUUCUGAUAUUAUAUAUACAAUAUAACGCCAUAUUAUUUGAUAAAGUGCUAUUUUUCUUGUCUUCUAAUGAUAUGCUGUUUUCAGCUGAACGUUUACAGUAUACAGUGUGUAUAUUUUUUAGAUAUGUGUCGCAGGGGUUGAUCUAUUUGAAUAUUGUAUGAAUUUAUGGUCUUUGUUUUUGCUGGGGUUUGUUACACUUUAGAAUAAUAGCCAUUGUCUUUGGAUUAAUUGAAAAAUAAAGAACUUUAGAAACAACUGUAUUCUGCCAACGAAAUGUCCAUUAAAGGUCUCUCUUGGUCUCAUAUUGAGAGACUUUCUGUAGAUUUUUCCAUCUGAGAGCCAAGUUAAUAUAAGGCUCAAAUAGGAUAUAUUCUGCACGGUAUUCAGAUGUCUGGAACGACAGUGAAUCUGAGGUCUUUAAUCCUGCUUGAGUAUCCAUUGCCAAGACUGCCUCCUACUCAGUGUCUCAGUGGUUCAAAUGGUAGGUUAUGAGUGCAACAGGUUGGAGGUUAUUGCUGUUCUCAUUCAUUUAUUGCAUGCAAUACAAACAAAUGCACAUUGGGUAUGAUAGCCCUGUUACACUAGUUGUUUCCCAUUCAUCUUUACUUGAUUUUAUUAGGUGUAUUUGACAGGGGCAAUGCACAUUAAUCAACAUGUGUGAAAAUGUCUGUGCCUGAUUAGCCAGCCGGCUAAUUUUCGACUGUAGUCCCAUAGAUCGAGCCAGUGACCUGUGUGAUUAUUUUACAGACAGACUGUUUGUGUCCUGAAUGGCACCCUUUUUAGUACACUACCUGCAGAACCAUAGGGCUCUGGUUAAAAGUAGUGCACUAUACAGGGAAUAGGGUGGCAUUUGUGACACAUACACUAUCUGAGAGAGACUUAAUUACUUUACAGGAACAAAUUAAACUGCCCUGUGAGUCAGCUUGAUACUGCGUCUCCUCUGACUGAAUGUACCUAUUUGAGAGAAGGAAAGUACAAAAUAGGUAGCCUCAGAGCCAAUGGUGAGCGCAGCAUUCAGUUUGGUUUAACCAGGCUACAAAAUAGGCCUUGAGCUUGAGCAAUGUGGAGGGAUACAGAGCCAAAUGUCAAUAGCACACUUCUCCCAUCUCUACAUGGGGAGAUCCCAUUGUAGCACGAUGGAUUCACUUUAUUAUUCAUGCAUUUAGGGUUUCUGUCUGUCUUUUUAAAGUCGAUGAUACGAGGUCAUUCAUCAUUGAGACAUAGGGGGUCGCUCUCACCACCCUAGAAAGGAAUACAAUUCCAACGUGGCUGAUACUAUGUAAAAUGGACAUUGACUAUAGCACUGCAUGGUUUGUUAGCAUGUUAGCCUAUUAUAAGCAAUCCUAGCCACUUAUCCAGAGGACUCUUUUACACAUGGAUCUCUGAAGAGCCUAAACUGUGCUAGCUGAAUUGGUUUAUUGUAUUGUUCAAAACACAACAGCUGCUUAUCUCCAGAAUACAUCUUAUCAUACAGUAUAUGUAGCAUCUGUAAGGUCUAGCUAGCAUCAAUACAUCCUUUUCUCAUUCUUACACCUGAAGCCUCCUUCCUAUAGUCUGGUCCCAGAUCUGUCUGUGCUCUUGCCAACUCCAUUGCUUUCAUUGACAAGCCAAAUAUUGUUUGUCAUGACAAUGAGUAACAAGGAGUUGGUACGAUAGCACAAAUAACUUGGCCCUGAGGCUAUCCUUCCCAUAACCUUGAGAAUAUUAUUAUGUCCACUGUCAGUUCUGGUGAAGGUCUGUGAGAGAGAUUUUGAGCAGAAAGCAAAAGCUAGAACAUUUUUCUCUGUCAACAGCUAUGCUUUUUUCCUCCUCUACCCCCAUAUUCCUCAUGUUUUUACAGUUGCAGCCCCUAUACAGAUGUAGUAUCAUAAUUUGAACCAGUUUGCUACAACAGGAAAAUAAUCCUGCAACAGCAGGAAAUGUGAAUUAUUAUGUGGAUUAUAAUUAAUGGCUAUUUUUGUAGGGGUUGAUACAUUUUUCGUAAGGGAAAGUCAAGUCUUAAAUUUCAAAGUGGAAAUUACAAACUUCAGAAGCCUUUUUAAACCUCAAAUACACUACAUGUUGAAAAUGUCCUUCAUGCAGGAAAGUUAUCUUGCAACAGGGUGAUCAAAUUAAGAUCCUACACCUGUAUCAAUGCUGCAAAUAAUAAUGAGUUGUUGUGGCCAUUUUAGCCUCUGCAGGCCCUGAGGGUCUGUUUCCCCACUCCGCGUCCUACUCAUUUGCCACUUGCCCUGUGUAUGUAAUGUGAAGUCUAAAACUAAGUCACGCAUCUCCUUAGGCUCUCCUUAGGAAUAGAUGUUGCCACAACCAUAAAUGAUUAGCUGUAUGUAUAUUUCUUAAUGUUACGUAACACCUCCUUCCACUUCUAUCAUCUUGGUAUGUCAUUGAAUUAAUACAACAAUUCACAACCUAUACUGACAGUGUGUGCAUGCAUGCAUACAAAUGGCCUUAUUCAGACUAUAUUGGCUAGAUUAUCUUGAGGAGAAAACAUUUGAAGAUAUCUCCAAGCCCUUUGUACCUUCUAAAUCUGAGUAGACACACAGUAUUGUUCUUUACAUGUGCUUUACAUUAUGUACUGUACAUUCCAUUGACCUAUUUCUUCAUUGUUCUAAGUAAGCUAGUGUUUUGGUUUGUGGCUCAAAGAAGGAUGUCAGCACUACAGAAAAAGGUGGUAUCUAGAACCAAAAACGUUAUUCGGCUGUCCCCAUAGGAGAACCCUUUGAAGAACCACUUUUGGUUCAAGGUAGAACCCUUUCGGUUCCAGGUAGAACCCUUUUGGGUUCCACGUAGAACCCUUUCCACAGAACGUUCUACACAACCCAAAAUAGUUCUACCUGGAACCCAAAAGGGUUCUACCUGAAACCAAAAAUGGCUCUUAUAUGGGGACAGCCGCAGAACCCCUUGGAACCCUUUUUUCUAAGAGUGUAUUGAAGGCCUUUCACUGCAGAGUUUUAACUGGAAUGCUGAUGAACACUAUGGAGGCCACACAUUGUACUGAAGAGGAUUUGACAUAAACCUAUGCUAUGUUUCUAUGUUGUAUAAAUGGCUGAAAUAGAUAUCAGUUCAUAAGCCGGCCAUCUAAACAAAUGGGAUCAAUGGGCUUGCAAGUAGUUUCCCAAUGCCCUUCCAAGGCUCAGAUUCCAUGUCAUUGUACGGGGCCCUGGCCUUCCUUAAUGCUUCAAUCUGUCAGGCUAUAACCCUGCCUGGUUGGAUGUCUCACUCUGUGGUGGGGAGUGGGAGAGGGAAUGUGGCUCAGUUGGGCUGCAUGUUGAUUCCUCCCUCAGCCUCAGACAAACUACACUCGAUAAACACUCAAAAAAGGGUAUUUCAUUAAAUGCUUUUGGAUAUUAUUGAAUGGAAGCCAGAUAUGAAUUGUUUGAAAAGCACAGAGUAUACCACUAAGAUUAUGUUACCUCUCACUAUGGUCAUUGGUUGCACUGAUUGCACUGCAUACAAAUAACCUGUUUCAACUAAGUCAUAGCCCUGAGAGAGUCACAAUGGAGUUUAGACAGGCAGCCCAAUUCAGAUAUUUUGUCAAAUUAUUGGCAAAAGAGCUGAUCUGAUUGGUCAAAAGACAAAUUAGUGGGAAAAAUGAUCAGAAUUGUGCUGCCUGUGUAAACGCAGCCUUUGUGCCAUAAUGUUGGUUCAGUAUUCCACACUUGUGAGUAAUAUGUACAACUUUGUUGAUUUGUUUUGUAGCCCAUUAGUAAGACCAGACCACCAUCUAGUGUUGAAGUGCCCUCAUCUCAUCUACCGAGAGAGAUAGUUCUACCAACGUUAACCCUUACACAUAAUGUAUGUCUCAACGCUUUACAGCAGCCGGCUAACAUAUGUAUUUUUGUGGUCGAGGUUUUUAAUACUAUUAAACAUGAAGUUAUUUUUGUGAUAAGACCAGUGACCAGAAAUAUAUGUAAUAUGUUUCCUAUAAGGAAGGACAUUAGAAAAUGACAAAGAAGUAGAAAAUGACAAAAGAAGAUGCUUCCAAUCCCAUCCUGAGGUAAAGAUGGGGAUAGCAAAGCCGAAAGCAAAACGUAAGCAGUACAGACAUAAAGCCAAGCCAUAUCUGCAUUGCUCAAUAUAUCUUCCUUUCUGAUAUUGUGAAAGCACUGCUCAACUUGCUGCACCAUCAGUCUUCGCUACAGAAUAACAGUUUGUCCUAUUGCUGUGGCUCUCCAGGCAAGACCAGACAGGGGAGAGAAUGAAAGCCCUGUGGGCCUGAUGGCGUGCUUCUCUGCAAACCUGAUCCUCUUACCUCAGAGAAGACAAAUCGAGAGGAUGAAAAGAUGA